AGGAUGCACCAAUGAGCGAGGAGGGAGGGAGAGGCUCCGUGGCUGAGAGGAGGAGUCACAGACGCCUGGGGUGGAGCUAGUCCUCCGCCGGAUCCCUAUGGGAAACUACUUUUUCUACACAUGGCAAUCUCCGUUAUUUUCUAACACCCAAGACUGGGGUGAUGAGAGUAGUAGUGUUAACGUCAUUUCUGUCCCAGAGGAUGUAAACUUUGUAUGGCCCUCCUCACAUGCUUUCCCCCGGCCGUCACUACUUGGUACGCUCCAACCUAUGAACCGCUCUCGCAGCGGAGAAAGUAGCCGGUCAGCGAGCCUCUGUAGAAUCGGGAGGGGCCGCCAGUGCGCGCCACUUUUCGCCUCUUCUGGAACAGCGCCCGCGCACAGGGGUGAAGGGGACGUCCUGUGUCUCUGCGCCUGCGCGGCGGGAAGCCUCGCGGGUAGAGCUAGCUCGCAAAAUCGAAGUUGCUCUUGGGCGGCAGGGACCUCCGGGGUUCGGUGGCGGCUGUGUUGCUAGCGGAGAGCGCGUGUGGGCACUCAGGAAUACUAGGCCUGGCCGGGGGUGUGUCUGUGGGCCGCCUUCCCUCCCCCGCCACGUGAGCCUCUCUGACCACUCCUCUUUUCCAGAGUCUUGCCAGUCUUCCCAGCGCGGCCGCUGCCCCCAGCCCACGCAGGAUAAUGGCGACAGCUGAGGUAUUGAAUAUUGGUAAAAAACUCUAUGAGGGUAAAACAAAAGAAGUCUAUGAAUUGCCAGAUAGUCCAGGAAAAGUCCUCCUGCAGUCCAAGGACCAGAUAACAGCAGGAAAUGCAGCCAGAAAGAAUCACCUGGAAGGAAAAGCUGCAAUCUCAAAUAAAACUACCAGUUGUAUUUUUCAGUUGUUAAAGGAAGCAGGUAUCAAAACUGCUUUCACCAGAAAAUGUGGGGAGACAGCUUUCAUUGCACCUAAGUGUGAAAUGAUACCAAUUGAAUGGGUUUGUAGAAGAAUAGCAACUGGUUCUUUUCUCAAAAGGAAUCCUGGUGUCAAGGAGGGAUAUAAGUUUUACCCACCUAAAGUGGAACUGUUUUUCAAGGAUGAUGCCAAUAACGAUCCACAGUGGUCUGAGGAACAGCUAAUUGCUGCAAAAUUUUGCUUUGCUGGACUUGUUAUAGGCCAGACUGAAGUAGAUAUCAUGAGUCACGCUACACAGGCUAUUUUUGAAAUACUGGAGAAAUCCUGGUUGCCCCAGAACUGUACACUGGUUGAUAUGAAGAUUGAAUUUGGUGUUGAUGUAACCACCAAAGAAAUUGUUCUUGCUGAUGUUAUUGAUAAUGAUUCCUGGAGACUCUGGCCAUCAGGAGAUCGAAGCCAACAGAAGGAUAAACAGUCCUAUCGUGACCUCAAGGAAGUAACUCCCGAAGCACUCCAGAUGGUGAAGAAAAAUUUUGAGUGGGUUGCAGAAAGAGUGGAGUUGCUUCUGAAAUCAGAAAGUCAGUGCAGAGUUGUAGUAUUGAUGGGCUCAACUUCUGAUCUCAGUCACUGUGAAAAAAUCAAGAAGGCUUGUGGAAAUUUUGGCAUUCCAUGUGAACUUCGGGUAACAUCUGCCCAUAAAGGACCAGAUGAAACUCUGAGGAUUAAAGCAGAGUAUGAAGGGGAUGGCAUUCCUACUGUAUUUGUGGCAGUGGCAGGCAGAAGCAAUGGUUUAGGACCAGUGAUGUCUGGUAACACUGCAUACCCAGUUAUCAGCUGCCCUCCACUCACUCCAGACUGGGGAGCUCAGGAUGUGUGGUCUUCUCUUCGACUACCCAGUGGUCUUGGCUGUUCAACCAUACUUUCUCCGGAAGGAUCAGCUCAGUUUGCUGCUCAGAUAUUUGGAUUAAACAACCAUUUGGUAUGGGCUAAACUGCGAGCAAGUAUAUUGAACACAUGGAUUUCCUUGAAGCAGGCUGACAAGAAAAUCCGAGAGGGCAAUUUAUAAAACAUCAUUGCCCUUUUUUUUGAGAAAAACUACAUUUCUUGUUUAGUUUCAGAAAAAAAUCAAGAUGAAAAGUUUUUAAAUCAAUCAAAGAAAACAAUAAAAUUUACUAGUGAAUAAA